AUGCGUUCACCCUCGGCUGACCAGAGCUGGCAGUGUGGCCUUGUCAAUGUGACGAGAUUUUGUAGUCUUAUAGUCAGCAAAGAGAUAUGUUUCCGGAUACCCCGCGAAAAUCGUGCAAAGGAUACUCUUCGGUUCGUUGGAGAUCAGCUAAAACGGAUAACUUGUCUUCAAGUGCUGAUGAAAAAAGAAGUUGAUACUGCUCUUGAAAACUGGGCGAGGAAUUAUGGUCUUGAGCAAGAAUGUAUGAGGUAUUUCGCCGAAUCUGAGAAGGAAAGUGCCGAAUUCAAAAGGACUGUUACAGAGCUUUUUUCCAAACUCACAAAAUUCUUCACUGACUAUUUGAGGAUUACUGAUGAUAAAAAGCAAUCAAUUAUGCUCGCAAUCAACAAAACAAUUGCAUUGAUGGCUACGCUCGAUGAUAAACAAAAAGCAAUAGUCGAUUUUAUAAUAAGAAUUUAUAUGCCGUCAUUGGUGAACAUUGGCUCCUACAACCAUGAAGGCAUUUCAAGAAGCGUUGGAGCUUUCUCAGAAAAUAUUGGCAUUUACCCUGGAUACAACGGAGGAUAUCUUGGAAACAAUAGAGAUUUCCUUGAAAAUUAUGGAGGCUACUCGGGAAUGAAUGGAAAAACAACUGGAAGCAGUGGAGGAUACCCAAGAAUUUUUGGAGGCCCGUCAAAUGGUGGGCUUUCCAUCAACUAUGGACCCAUUCGAAUAGGCAACGGAGGCUUUCAAGGAACCAACAGCGUCAUUCCUGAAAAUAACGGCAUUUUCCAAGGAAACAACGGGGCUCUCCCAAACAGCAAUGGAGGCUUCCCUAACAGAAUCAACAGCGUCAUUCCUGGAAAUAACGGCAUUUCCCAAGGAAACAACGGGGCUUUCCCAAACAACAAUGCUUCCUUAAAAGUAAUGGAAAUAUCCGCUGGAUACUCUGGAUUUAAUGAUGACUACCUAAUGAGCCAAGGAAGCCAAGGACAAAUUAGAGCGAUUCUAGGUCUUGACAAUGGAUUUUCUGGCAGAAGUGAAGAUAGUAGACGUCCCUACGAUUUCAAUGCUAUGCAAGCAAAUCGAAUUCGCUUUUGA